AUGACUGAUGAGGAAAAACAGAGAUCACUCAAAGGAGACGAAUACGCGAUACGAUGCGAGAACAGUCACGUCAUAAGGCACAGACAUAAAAAACCUCCUACCAAAGAUUGUUUGUCUUCCAGUUCGUCGAUUUUUGUGACGAAAAAUCUUACAAUAAUCACAGCUCAAACGGGAUCCACCGCUAUAUUGCCCUGCGUAUUGAUGGGAUUUGUUAAUGGCGUGGUAUCGUGGAAGCGUUUGAAAGAUUACACGUUAUUAACUGUUGGUUCUACUCGUUAUACCACAAGCAAUCGUUUUGUUCCUGAGCAAGUUAAAUCGCAAAACGUUCAGCACUGGAGGCUGUUGAUUAAAUUUGUCGAACAUAACGAUGCCGGUAUGUACGAAUGUCAAGUAUCAACCUAUCCUCCGGCUUACAUUCAUAUGCGGCUCAAAGUUAUAGACGCUUACGCGAUGAUCAACGGGUCGCCCGAGUUGUAUAUAAAGAACGGUAGCGAGAUGCAUUUAACGUGUAAAUUUAUUCAAUCGACUGAAGAACCAAGUUUCGUGUUUUGGUAUCACGAAAACAUGAUGAUCAAUUUCGACCAAUACAGAGGCAUUAGUACGUUUAAGAAUAAGUCCACCAGUAGCCUGACCAUAGCUACGAUCAAUCAUUCGCAUUCCGGUAACUACAGCUGUGUACCGUCCAACAUGAAGCCGGCUAGUAUUUCUGUACAUAUAUUAGAUGAUGAGAAGCCAGCAGCCAUGCACACGGACAACAGAAAUUUCGCGCCAACCGUUACCAAACCAAAGAUAUAUUCUGCAUUUGUGAUAAUCAUGUACAUUUCAUUUUCUUUUUUUUACUUAUUUCUCUUUUAAUGUGAAUAUUUGUAUGCUGAAAACGUUCGUUCGUUCGUUCGUUCGUUCAUUCAUUCGUUCGUUUGUUUGUUGUUUGUUUUUUUUUCUAGCCCCUCUGUCUACCCCUCCUCCCUCUCUCUCGCCUCCCCCUCCACUCUUCUCUCUGUGGUCUCUCGUAGUACUCGGGAUACCGAAAAGAAAAAAAAAUAACCCAUGUAAUUAUUCGAAAUUGAAAAAAACAUAAUCAAAUUUCUUUAUUGUAUACAUAAUAUGUUGUAUAUAUAUAACUUCGUAGUAGCGUAUUAUUGUUGUACGUAAUUUUUUUUCUAGUCGUAUGCGAAAAAAAAGAAGAAAAAAAAAGGUGAACGAACUCCACUUUUUAAUGUGUAUUUUUAUUAUUCUUUUUCGUCUUUCUUAUUUGAAUAUUUUGUAUAUAUAUUUAGAUUUUUUCGCCAUGUUCAACUCGAUUUUUAUCGUUGAUAUGUUUCAUGUACGUCUGUCUAUACGAGUAUUAUUGUGUUAACUUAUGAAUUAUACUUGGUAAAUUUCUCAUCGUCAUUAGGAAAACGUAACGUGUCAGACGGGUCAUUUCAUUGUGAUUUGCUCGCCGAGAACGAGGAGAUUCCGGUAAAUAAAUCAAGCAUGUGGUAAAUUGUUGUGGAAAAUUUUCAUAAUCGAUUAAUUAUUCUGACAGGGUGAUCAGAGUUGUCGAAGUUGUUGGGAGUUGUUUGCUUUGACGAGCAAAGGUAGUGAAAAUUACGUAGGUGUAGGUACCUAUCGAGUGAAGGAAGUUCAUGCAACUUUCUACCUAUCCUUUCGGUGGAACUUUGAAAUGGGUGCUAUUGUUUGAACCACCUUGUAUGCUAAAUUAAGAAUGGCCAUUUUUAUGCAUGAAACAAUUUCAUUCCCGAAAUUCUGUUUAAAGACUAAUAAUUGAACAAAGCCAAAAUCGAAAGAGCAUGUCCUAAAGCCCCCCCCCCCCAUUUUUUUGAACUGAACACAGCUACAUCGAAAGAGCCUGCAAAAAUUCAUCACCAGCCUAAAUUUUAAAAGCCAAAGUGCAUCUUUCGUUUUUUAGUGAAUUUUUAAGAAUCAAAUUUAAGCCAAAAGUGAGAAAAAAUUCAAAAUUUUACUAAAUUGACCUAGGGUGACAAAAAAUGGGAUCUACCCUAUUUUCGAUCUGCCAAGUCGAUUGGAAAUGGUUUCAAAUCGUUUUGAGCAGUUCUGGAGGCUCCAGAAAAUGUUUUCAACUUGGUAUUUCCAGAAAAUUUCAUCAAAAUGAAGAUUGGAAAUCCGAAAUUCACGCUGCACUCCUCUUAAACCCACUUCAAGUCAAUUUCAGGGCGAUUUAAAGUCAUUUUGGAAUCUCCAGCGACUUCUUGAAAAUUACUGGAGCCUCCAGCAGAUUUUUCAAUACUAGAAAUUUCCAUAAAAUUUCACGAAAUGGAGUUGAUAAGCUGAAAUUUACUCAAAGUUUGUUCGGAUAGAUUUUGGGGCAUUUUUUGUAAAACAUAAGAUUCUAAAAUCCGCUGGAGGCUCCAAAAUGACUUGGACCCACCUGCAGUCGACAUGAUGAUGUGUUGAAAUUGGAGUGCAGAGUAAAUUUUGGAUUUCUAGCUCUGUUUGGUAAAAUUUUACGAAAUUUCGAGUGUUGAAAAAUCUGCUGGAGGCUCCAGUAAUUUCCAAAAAGUUGCUGGAGGCUCCAAAACGACUUGAAAUUUACCUGCAGUCGAUUUAGUAGCAUAUUGAAAUUAGUUUACAGAAUAUAUUUCGGCUUUCCAGUUGCAUUUGAUGAAAUUUUGCAGAAAUUCCAAGUUUCUAAAAUUUACUGGAGGCUCCAAAAUAACUUAAAUUCACUAGCAGUCGACUUGAUAGCAUGUUUAAAUUGAAGUACAGUUUAAAAUUCAGAUUUCCAACUUAAUUUGAUGAAUUUUGUGGAAAUUUCAAGUUUCAAAAAUUUACUGGAGGCUCCAGAACUGCUCAAAAUGGUUUGAAACCGUUUCCAAUCGAUUUAGCAGGUUGAAAAUAGUGUAUAUCUCAAAUGUCAGCUUUUUAGGUCAAUCUGGUACAAUUUUGAUUUUUUCCCUCAUUUUUGGCUCAAAUUUGAUUUUCAAAAAUUCACCAAAAAUCGAAAAAUGCACUUGGGACUUGAAAUCUGGGCUGGUUAUGAACUUUUUCAGACAAUUUCAUCUAGCUUUGUCCAGUUCAAAAAAUUUCAUGCGAAGAAAAAUCUGCUUCUUCAUCUAAGACUCUACUGAAAAGUGGCCAGUAGGAGAUAACUUCAGUUUGAACUAUUUGAAUUUACGAUUGUCCAUUUUUCGACAUCAUUUCUACUUUAAUGUUAUCCGAAAUGAAAAUUCCAUUGCUUCUUCACAAGGUCGGUUUUGAAUUUUUUUUCAAUUCAAAUUUUUUGAUUUUUUGAAAUUGAGCAAAGAGUAGCAAAAUAUGUUUGUGAAAUGGGCUUGAAAUAAAAAUGAUUGAGUUGGGUAUUUUUGAUUGUUCUUUUCUUAGAGUAAAUUCUCAUACCUUUAAAGUCUUGACUUGUGGGAAAAUCAAUGAUGAUUUUUUUCUGCUCUGAGAAAUUUAUUCCCAUUUAGGUAUUUUUUUUUUUUUUUGGAAAUUCAAAUGAACGUACCAUAUGAGAAUACGGAUUGUCAUUGCCGGUAUUUUUCUUUGCCUUUUUACGUUUCGGUUCGUCUGGAUCUACUGUUACUGUAACAUUGCUUUUGUGAUUAAUCCGGUAAUGUUCACCCUGAGUCCAAAAGAACCAUAACUAGGGAAGUAUUCCAAAACACACACCGAUUUUUAAACUGGAUUAAGGGGAAUCGAAAGAGGACCCCCAAAUACACCAAAAAAUUUUCACAUGCUGAAAUUUUUUUUCGAUUUUUGGAGAGUAUUUAAAAAUUUCAAUUUGGGUGAUUUCUCAUGAAAAAAAAACCAUACAAUUCGACUAAAUUAACAAAAAUAUCCUUAAUUUGAAUUGUACACGAUUUUUAACCUCCUGAGUCGAUUAUUUAAAGAGUCUCUAGUUGAUUUUCAGAUUCUCCAGUUUUCAAAAAAAAAAAAAAAAAAAAAAAAAAAAACUGUAGUUACACUAAGUAGGGUGAAAAUGAAAUUCAGUAGCUACACUUACUCAGAUUUACCAUCUUUGUGGAUCUUUUGAUAGAUUUGAGCACAUAUUUUGAAGGUUCGAAUUGAAUAUUUUAUCCGGCGAUUAAUUCUGAAAAGAAUUAUUUAAUAAUUCAUCGUUGUUUUUAUUUCAAUCGGUCCAAGAAUAUCUUGAAAAUAUUUCAUAAAUCGAUCGAAAGUGUUACAAAGAUGGUUAGUUUGAGUAUUAGAGAUUGAAUUUCAUUUUCAUCCACUUAGAUACUUACAGAGUUUUUUUGUCUCGGAAACUGGAGCGUACGAAAAUUUGCUGGAAGCUCCAGAACAGUUCGAAACCAUCACCAAUCGACUCGGUAGGUUGAAAAUGGUGUAUAAACCAUAUUUUCAGCUUUUUAUGUCAAUUUGAUAAAAUUUUGAUUUUUUUUUUACAUGAAAAAUGAGCCUUUUGAGUUUUUAAAAAUUCGUCAAAAAUCAAAAAAUGAAUUUCAGAACCUGUAAUUUUUUCUGGUGGUGUAUUUUGGACCUUUUUUUUGGUUCUCCGUUGUCUGAUUCAAAAUUUUUUGCACCGGUUGGGAUAUUUCCAUGGUGAGCGUAUAUCGACGUUUGUAUGAAAAAAAAAAAAAAGGUACAUAAUGAAUAAAUUAUCAUUUGAUCGUGUUGAAAUUCCAAUAGGAAACCGGGGUGAGAUUUUUCUUAUCAAUAUGUAACUUAUUGAACUUGUCUCAAAAUUGCCUUCAAUUUUUCGUUCGAGAGCCCUGCAAACUCUGAAUGAUAUCUCCCGUCAAAUAGGUAUUCAUCUUCGAGUAAUAGGUUUGAAUUUCAAAAAAAAAAAAGCUGUCAUUUCAGUUUGUUAAUUUUUAGAUCCUUUCAUUGUUGAAAUUUCGAUUCGAGGAAAAAUCGAGGAAUGUAAAAUUACUUACUCGUAUUUGUGAAAAUUAGAUUGAGCAAUCUGCGUAGAAGAUGGUUCGCUUUGGUUGCUUGAAGGGAAAAACUUCCGUCGGCCUAUUGAACAAUAUUGAUCUUAUUGUAAGUAGCCUCCGAGUUGAAACUAAUUGUUUAGAAAUUGAAGAGCUAGGGAAGGUUUUUUCCUGAAAAAAAUACUUCAUAUUUUACUACUGCUUUUUCAUCCAGUGAACCAUUUUGGAAGUACAUAUUCGCAUGAACGAAGAACUUAUGUGAAGUUUUUAAACUUUUCAAUUGAAAAAUGAGCCCCAAUUUUUAGAACUCUUUGAAAUGGGAAUUUUUAUUUUCAUUUUAUACCUAAUAAAAAUCUUAGCUGUCGAUUGCACCGUUGAAACAGUGCAAUUGAGUGAUUUUUUUGUCCAGUUAUACUUUCUGUUUUUUUUUUUUUUUACUUCCCCAAUAUCUUGGGAGACUCUUUCUCUAGAUGAGAAAUCGUAAUGGAAGUAUUUUUGGAUUACAUUUUCUUUUUGGACAAACUGUGGAAAAUUCCGGUCACCAACACUUUUUUCUUCAGUUCAAAGUUGACUGAUGAAAUUGAAACAAAGGCAUACUAUUUUGAAUAAAAAUACUUACCAAUAUAAAAAUGAAUCAUCGUAUCCAUUCCACUAAAAUCAUUGUAUGUUUACUGCGGACAAGACCGCAAAUUAAAAGCAGCAUCUUCAUUCGAGACAAGAUAUUCCCCCCCCCCACAUCAUCCGAAGUCGUAGAAUAUCAUUUUAUUUGAUUGUGACUGAAUUGUCAUCUCAAAAGUCUCUGAACUCGUUUUUUUUUCCUAAGAGAAAAUUCUUUUCUCGUCUCCAAAUUAAAUUAGUCAUUUUACAUUAAAACCCUAAAAAAUGAAAAUGAAAACCAAAAAAUUGAAAUAGACAUUUUUGACAUUUUUUGUUUCUGUGUUGAAAUUGCACUGGGUAAUCUUUUUUUUAGCGAAAGAAAACUCCUCGUGGCCCUUCAAACAUGUUAAUUCUAAUUUUUAAAAAAAUAUAAAUUGAAUAAAAUCGUUCAAAAAUUAAGGGUCAGUUGGGUGAUUUUCUUUGAAAAAUAAAUCAUUUGGAGCUAUUUUACUCGUAUCACUAAUGUGAAAAAACUUUCAAUUUCUAUUUUUUGUGUAUUUUUUUGAUUUUUUGAAUUUUAAACUUUUUGAGGAUUUGAGAGUACAAACUAGUGUAACUUGGAGAUCUGGGGAAGAUUUUGACUUUUUCUUAGAAAGAAGGUUGUUCUGAAAAAAUCUACAGUAAAUAGGUACCUACAUUUGGGAAUUUCAAGUAAAAAAUUAGUUCUUUUUGAUUUUUUAAAUUUGGAGAAAAUCAAAAAAUGAGUCAUCAUUUUCUCGUAAAACCCAACAAUAUUUUCACCAUAUUCGUCAUCCGUGGUUUUUCGAUUUUUUAAAAUCGAAUAAACAUAGAAAAAUACUAAAGCCAGCAUCGACUCCAGUAAAUUGUAGAAAUACCUAGGUAUCUAAUAUACUUAGAGGAUGUUCUUAAUUUUUUUUUGUUUUUUUUUUUUUGAAAUUGUAGCUGAAUAAUCAAACUCGUCGAGAUUUUGUUUUUUAAUAAGUAAUUCCAAGUUCUGAUUCUGAAUAUUGAAGACCACACUUUGUAUUAAUUGUCUAUUUUCGAAUAUUUCAUUAUUUGUUUUAUGAAUUGUCUGGCCCAUGAAUUUUUAAGUCGUGAGAAAAACAGGAAAUAUAAAAUUGCUUACUUGUAAAAGUAAGAGUUACUGUGUUUGUGGUAAACUCUUUUUUGGCAUAUUGGUUCCAUUCAAGGAUCGCCCAAGAGUUGAUUUAUUUACAAAUCAGAAGAGUCUGGAUCUGCAAGCAAAAUCAAUGAUUUAAUCUGACUCGACGUUUUUGCGAAUGUUCUCGAUUAAUUUCUUUUUCAAUAAUCCGAACAUAUCAUGUUCAUUUUAUUGUGUUUCAUUUUACUCAUACUUGUAAAAAAAAUAUCUGUAUUUUAUCAUAAAAAAAGAAAGAAAAAUAAACUGUCAGAUAGGUAAUUUGGAAAAAGGCUGGAUGCAAAAUCUAGUCUCGAAAUGAUAUUUGCAUUUUAAUGCGAAAUCAAUAUAGCAAUAAAUUAAACCGAACAUAUCCUUUAAAUUCGUGUAAUACAGUUACCUGCCCAUAAAUGUUAUUUCUACCUAUGUUAUUAAUCAUAUCAACGAAUUGAAUAUCUUCCUUCGUAACGUUAACAUUUAUCUCUAUUUAAUACGCCUUUAAUUUUGAUCGCUUUCCUCCUUUUUUUAUUUAAAUUGUAAAUAUAUGUUACAGAUUGUUCUUAAA